CUCUCGCACGGCACGCGAGUGCAUGAGAGAGCGGCCAAGAAUAGCAGGGAGCACGCGGGUCUAUCUGUUCCGUAAAUGAGUGCCUGACGGAGGAGGUAUUCGACUGAAGGCGACUGAUCGCACGACCGCUCCCUCCGGUGACCCGUCACAAGGCGAGACUCGGCGCGAUCGACAAGUAAGACUCAAACGAGAACACGGCUCGCGCGCGCGCGAGUUCGCUCGCUCGUAUAUGGAGCAGACUCGCGGGAAACGCCUGUUUCACGUGCCGAAUCGCGUUCGGUGAAGCGAGUGUGUGUGUGUGUGUGUGAAUGGUGUGUGUAUCGUAUCCGUGUGCGGCCGUGCAUGUGUAUAGUGCAAUCACCGCGAUCGUCGCCGCCACCGCUGUCUUCGUCGUCGUCGUCGUGUCGUAGUUCUGUCUUACACAAAGAGAGAGAGAGAGAGAGAGAAAGAUAGUGGAAGCACGAAGUUAAAGACGCGCGGUGAAGAACUGGAGAGAAGAGAGCAAGUGAGAGAUAGAGAGAGAGAACAUAGACAGAUAAGUAGUUGGAGGGAAGGAGAGAAGGAGAGAAAGAAAAAGACGGACGAGCAAGCAAGAGCGAGUGAAUGAGCGAGUGAGACCUCGCGCGUGUGCGUCCGUGUCGCGACGCGCCCGCUUGCAUGUGUGUGCGGCCGCGCGCGUGUGCCAAGAAGCAAGAAGGAGCGAAGCCCGUGCGCGCGAGAAGACGUGAAGAAGCGGUCGUCGGAGCUGCUGGCCUACCGCCGUUGCUGCUCCGCCUGCCGCUGAGUGGAGGAGGAGGAGGAGCGCGGACGAGCGCUCGUGCGGGCGCCGUGAACGCGUCGUGCUUCUUAUUACUCGCCGCCGCCCGCUGCCUCCGCCGUCGCCGCCGUCGUCGUCGUCGCCGCCGGGGCAAUGUCUCUCGAGACACGUUCGAGCUCGGCCCUGUUCAAGCGAGCUGAACAGCUCAAACGCUGGGAACAGUCCGAGACGAAUCGCGAGCCCGCACAGCCGCGCCAGGUCGCGCGCAAGAUCAAGUUCUCCGCCGACUGCGUGUUCCUGGCGGCGUGCGCGGCCAGCGACAAGGAGGAGGUCGUGCGCCUACUGCAGAAGGGAGCGGACAUCAACACCGGGAACGUUGACGGUCUCACCGCGCUUCAUCAGGCCUGUAUUGACGAUGACUUGGACAUGGUGGAAUUUUUGGUGGAACAAGGAGCAGAUAUCAAUCGUGGAGAUAAUGAAGGAUGGACACCCUUACACGCUACAGCAUCUUGUGGAUUCAUAUCUAUUGCCAAAUACUUAAUAGAACAAGGAUGCAAUCUAGCAGCAGUUAACAAUGAUGGCGAACUGGCUUUGGAUAUCGCGGAAAGCGACGAGAUGGAAGACAUGCUGCAACAGCAUAUAAAUAAAGCAGGUAUCGAUUGUGAUCAAGCGAGGAGCGAAGAGGAACGGUCAAUGCUGAAUGACGCGAAAGCUUGGCGGUCGGGUGCGCCAGGCAAGGAUUCUAUGCAUCCUAGAUCAGGAGCUACUGCACUUCAUGUCGCCACUGCCAAAGGCUACAUCAAAGUCAUGCACAUAUUACUACAAGCUCGAUGCAAUGUUGAUGCACAGGACUUUGAUGGAUGGACACCUUUGCACGGUGCGGCGCAUUGGGGGCAACUAGAAGCCUGCAAACUUCUUGUUGAGAAUGGCUGUGAUAUGGACAUGAAAAAUUACGCCGGCCAAACUGCUUUCGACGUUGCUGAUGCAGACAUCCUCAAGGCCCUCGAGGAUUUGAAAGAGCAGCAAGCACUUAUGAUGAAAGAGAAUCCGCAGACAAAUAAUAAAAAGCAAUCAUCUAUACCAAAGAAACGCGUCUCAGUAAAUACUGAUAGUACAGUAGCGGUGCAAGAAUCUGCAGACAUCUUUGAAGAGGAAACACCAAAUAAAGUUAAGAAGGUUGAAUUGGAGAUUCAAUCGGACAAAGAAGAUUCCAGCACUAGUACAAACAGUGAUGUCGAAGCAACACGUGAAACACACAUGGAAGAGAGUGAUGGUGAAGGUGAAUCUGAGACUAGCUCAGAAUCACACUCUUCCACUUUCUCCAAUCAAUCUGAUAAGUCUAACCACGCGACAUGUCUUACAGAUGACGAAAAGAAAAAUAGAGUAAACAAAGAUGAAAAUGUGUCCCAUAGUCCAAUAUCUCCAGUCGAAACUAAUAAAGUUCCUAAUCAGGCUCCAAUAUUGCCUCCAAAACAACAGACUGAUAAUAACGAGGAAGGUGUCGUACCAUCUUGGAGACGUUCAGGUUCCUUUCGAAAUAGGAUGCAAAGUACUGAAACUACUAAUUCUACAUCUACAAGUACGUCAAAUAAGGAUAACAAUAAGAUACCAACAGUACCAAACAAAGUUAGUGGAGAGCCUGAAGUGGUAUUAAGAAGAACGCAUAGUUUCGAAACGGACGAAAAGUUUUAUGAGCAGUACUUGGCAUUACGUGCCCGCAUCAAGACGUUCUCCUGCCCUACCCUCCACCGCUGCAAUGCAGCUACUCCUACUCACACCAAUGCUACGACCCGCUCUGCAUCUCUACGCGAAACACACAGAAAAAAAGACGUGAAAUUAAAUUUGGAAUUAUCAAGACUGCCACAAGGAAGCAAUACACUUUCACCAACAUCCGCAUCCAAAACAUUGGCAUCGAGUUUAUUGUCAUCCAUCACAACAACUACCACUGCCACAACAACAACAACAACAACAACAACAAGUCCUAUUCCAGUCAAUCAAAUCCGCAGUGUUCAACCAGUGGAUGCUGCAUCUACAGUUGUAUCGAAUACAAAUAAUGCAGUAGCAACUGCUCCUGGAACUCCCACUACACCAGGAGGGAGCAAGCUAAGUCCAGGAAAUAUCUUCAAGAAUUUCUUCAAAUCCUUCGUUCCGCCGGUGCGCGAUGAGGAGAGCGAGACCCAGAGGAAAGCCCACGCGAAGAGAGUGAGAGAAACCAGAAGAUCGACUCAAGGUGUAACGUUAGAUGAGAUCAAGAGCGCGGAACAAUUAGUGAAGAAGAAGCAACAGAACAACGAAUCGCCGGUUUUAACGCCAUCCACGCAGCCUACGACUACUACUACUACUGUCAGCAAUACAGCUUCGAUCACAGCUACAAUAACAACCGCAACCUCGCAACCUACCGUUACUACUGCGAAUAAAGUCUCUGAGGAGUCUAAUUUGCCUGAGAGACGACCAUCUUGGCUAAGGGUAGACAAUGGAAGCAAGUUCCAGUUAGAGGAUGCUAAUAAUAAACCAGCUGAUAACACAACGGCCUACAUGAGAAGACCAUCCGGUGGAACUGGUAUACCUAGACCAUCGUCCGCGCCAGUAGAGACUAUUGCCACCAGUAGUACAGAAACUACGAUUACCUUACCACUUAGGAGAUCGUUGAAGCAGCCUGAUGAUAAAGAGCAAGAUAAGGAAAAUGACAGUAGGAACGCACAAGCUACGCAAGCGGUCAUUCAAAGGAGACGUCGGCCUAAAAGGAGAUCAACAGGUGUUGUCCACGUGGACAUGGAUGAAAUUGAUCCUGAGAAACAAGAUAUCACUGCAGGUGGAGACUGUGAUGAUUCCAAAGUCAAUCACAAUGAAGGAACGCAUACUAAGCCAACAACAGCUGCGGGCUUAAGAGCUCAAGCGUCAACAAAUGGGCAAUCAAUUUUUGGAAACAGGUCACGGAUCGGCGGUUUGCUCUCGUUAAAUCAGAAUAAUUUAACGUAUAACACGGGCUUACUCGGCACAAAAAGUCCAAAUCUGUUUUCCGGUUCUAGUUUUCUGAGUAAAAGUAAGAGUAGCGAUUUAUUUCGAAAGAAUCCGUACACGAAUAGCUCGAAUUAUCAAAAUCUCUUCACGACAUAUGGUGGGACAGUAACGGGAUACGGUGGUAUGACUUUACCCUCUCAUACAACUGUCAGUCCCCUGAAUCUGAGUCCAUCUCCUAGUUACAACUAUCUAAAUGCUCGCCCACACAUGCAAAAGACCGAGAGUUUUAACAGAUCCAAAAUAAAACCGAGUCUUAGUAUCAGUUCGAGAAGUUCCAGUCUGCAAAGUUUGACUAGUUCCGAGGGAUAUGCUAGCGGCAACGAUCGUUCUGGGAGAACUAAUAGAUUAGGUUCGAUAUCUUCGUUGUCGGAAGCAUCAUCAGCGCCAAUCAGACUAAAAUCCAAUAGCUCCGAAAACGGUGAAUUAGAUUAUAAAAAAUUAUACGAGGAAUCUCAGGCCGAGAAUGAAAGGUUAAAGGACAAAUUGAAACGUUCCGAUGAGCAACUAAAAGAAGUCAGACAUUUGUUGGAGAAGGCGCAAACCAACCAAAACAAAGUAAUACUUUCCGAGGCAGAGAAAAGGGAAAGGCGAGCCAUGGAAAGGAAACUUUCGGAAAUGGAAGAAGAAUUAAAGGUGAUGGACCAACUAAAAUGCGAAAAUCAGAGGCUAAAAGAUGAAAAUGGUGCCUUGAUCAGAGUAAUCAGCAAAUUGUCCAAAUAAAUCUUGUAGUCUCAACUGCACAUCGCUGAAAAAUUUUAAGUUGUACUACAACCAUAUAUAUAUAUAUAUAUAUAUAUGUAUGUAUGUAUGUAUGUAUGUAUAUAUGUAUCUUUCUCUCUCUCUCUUUCUCUCUCUCUCUCUCGAAUGAUUUGCUUUAUCUAUAGCAGCAUCAUCAUUAUCGCUAGUAUUCUUACAAACGCGCAUCAUGCUAUCGACGAAUUUAUAUUUUUGUGCUAGUAAUUUAACUUAUUCCAAUGAUGAGAUCAGUUAAUCGCAUGGCUGUGCCAAAGGCGAAAAGAGAUACUACUCCUAUUUCUAGACUGUGAAUACUUGAUCGUAAAAGACUUAGAGGAAUUUUACUUUGUGGAAUUACUUUUUAAUGUCUUAAGGAGGUGAAUUUUAUAAUUCAGUAUAUAUAUAUAUAUAAAAAGCCAAGCCAAUGCUUUAUAGUAAACGGUUUAGACUUACUUUAAAUCGAUUAUUAGAAAAAGGAAAAAAAGCUGUUAAUCUUUACGGACAGUUUUCUUUUUUAACAAAUCACGUUAUCGAUGUUGAUUCUUUAUAAGGAUAUUUUGUAAAUAUAUAAUAGACAAUGGUGAUGUGGCAUUUUAGUAAUUGAAACAGAAGUUUUACCCAAGGCAAAUACUCUGACUGCAUACAAGUAAAUCCGCAAUAAAUCAUUAAACAAAUGAGUCCGUUUGCAUUACCGAAGCAAUAAACGAAUAUCUGUUAGACUUAACUAAAUUAGGUGGUAAAAAAAAGUAAUCAAAGAACAUGACUUUUUCAAAUGCUACUCAAGUGGCCUUUCUCUAAAGACUGCAAUUUAUAAAUCUUUCCAUCAUUGCCAUUUUCGCAGUAUACACGGAAUUUGACGCAUAUGUACGGGAGUAAAUGUUUUUAAUUACUCUUUAAUAAUGCAGUUUUCUUAUAUAAUAUCACAGAUGAUACGUAAAAUAUAUUUUAGACAUACCAGAAGAUUUUUAAUGUCCUUAAAACUAAAAACGCUGAAACGCUGCUAUGUGUUAAAACUGCAGCCGUGGCUUCAGUUUGCGCUGUUGGUGUGGUAGAAUCUGUGUUAUUAUUUUUAACUAUUUGUCCAAUGUAAAACGCAUCGUUACCUAUUAUUUUCUUGUAGCAACACCAAUAAUGGUUGCCCAAUAAACUCCGGAUACAGACGAACUUAUAAAUAUUGGAUAAUGGAAUGUGUAAUUGACAGUAGGCAUGUUUUUUAAUGAUAUUAUUGUAAACAAUUGUAUAAAAAAAAAGGAUGACUCAAUGUAGUUAUUUCGUAAUGAAGUUUAUUAGAAAAUAA